AUGAACGAUUUGCAUGAAGCUGUUUUUCGGUGGCCCUCCACUGAUGUCUCUGAUGUGAUCGUGACAGGGACUUUCGACCAGUGGUCGUCAACAGUUCAUCUUGCACGAACAGCGACUGGUUUCGAAGGUGUUGUCAAAGUUCCUUGGGGGCAGCGAAUUCCCUACAAGUUCGUGGUUGAUGGCGUCUGGAGGGUGGAGGAUGGUCACCCGACUGAACGAGAUGCCAUAGGCAAUGUCAAUAAUGUCUACAUUUCACCUUCCAAGCCGGUCGCUGCACCCACGCCUGCUCAAAAUGGCUCGGCGGUCAACGGUGUGCCCAAUGGCGCACCCUCUCAGAUAAGCAAGGCCCCACUAGUGCUAGAAUCGACUCCUGCAACACCGGAUGUUGCUGAGGUCGAACCUGCUGGGGCUGCGUCUCAAUCAGAGACCACGCAACCUACUGGGGAGCCCGAGUCGCUAGCGCCAAAGGUCCCAGUCGAGAUACCUGCGGCGAACGGCGUUGUACCUUCGCUUCCUAUUUCGGUACCACCACCAACCGUUCCCAUCCCUGCGGAUACAUCCUCUACCGCCCAACCCACCGUAGAGCCUUCCACACAUACACCAGUGGAUCCCCAGGUGUCAUCCCCUGCAAAGUCGUCUUCUACCCCGAAGCCUGUCCCAGCUGUACCCACCAAGGUAGAUACGCCCUCCCUAGAAGCCUCCACGCACACACCGGUGGUUAUCGCAGCAGAUGCUCCUGCAGAAGUCACUCCAAGUGCUUCCAAUGGGACUGCUACACCCACGCUGACCACAGAAGGUGUACCCUCAAAGGCAACUCCCGAGCCUAGUCCAGAUGUCGCUCCAUCCCAAGAACCUAAUGGAAAGACAGCAACUGAAGCACCCCCUGCGGAGAAGACGGCCACAGAUCCUGUUUCGCCUACGAGUACCGCGGUAGAGCCAGCCACCGACGUGGAGAAAACUGUCGUUCCACCUGCACCUACGACACCCCCUCCAAGUGCUCCUACGACUCCGUCGAAAAAGGGCCAUCAGCGCUUCCCUUCGUUCCCCGGUUCAUCGUCUCGUUCAUCGGUUAGUGACUCGCCUACGUCCUCCAAGUACAGCACCACCCCACGAAAGAAGAAGGAUUCCUUCUUCAGGAGAGUGUCCUCCAUCUUCCACCACAAGGACAAGGACAAGGAAGCUAGCAAGCAGAAUGGGCACUAA